CCAGGGCGGGUGCUAGCCGGUCAGGGGUCGUGUGAGUGGCAGACGCGGGGCUUACCGCUGGAGCGUAAUAGGCUUAGGCUCUUCAGCUCUUCCGAUGACGGCGUGUAGCCCUGUGUUUGCCAUGCAGCACAUUGUGGGUGUGCCCCAUGUGCUAGUACGAAGAAGCUUCCUUGGAACGGAGCUCCUUAUGACAAGGACUCUGUGCAGUCCAGGUCCCAGCCAGCCCAGAGAGAAGCGACCAGAGGCUGCAGCCUUAGGGCUGUAUCACCGCCUCCCAGCGUUGGGAAGAACGCUGGGCCACACCAUUCAGCAACAAGCAACCUCCACCGCCAAGGCUUGGUGGGACAGAUAUGAAGAGUUUGUGGGACUCAAUGAAGUCCGAGAGGCUCAGGGAAAUGUGACUGAGGCAGAGAAAGUGUUCAUGGUGGCUCGUGGCCUUGUCCGAGAGGCUCGGGAGAAUUUAGAGGUGCAGCAGGCUAAGCUGAAGGAGGUAAGGGACCGUUUGGACCGAGUCUCCAGGGAGGACAACCAGUACCUGGAACUGGCUACUUUGGAGCACAGGAUGCUGCAGGAAGAGAAGAGGCUCCGCACAGCAUAUACGCGUGCAGAAGACUCAGAGCGGGAGAAGUUCUCUCUCUUCUCUGCAGCUGUGCGGGAGAGCCACGAGAAGGAGCGCGCACGGGCUGAAAGGACUAAGAACUGGUCCCUCAUUGGGUCAGUUCUCGGAGCUUUGAUCGGUGUGGCCGGCUCCACCUAUGUUAACCGUGUCCGCCUACAAGAGCUGAAGGCCUUGCUCUUGGAGGCACAGAAAGGGCCGGUGAGUCUCCAGGAGGCCAUCCGGGAACAGGCUUCUAGUUACUCCCUCCAGCAGAGAGACCUCAAGGACCUUAUGGUGGAUCUGAAGGGCCUGGUGCAUGCCGGGCAGGGCCAGGGCUCUGGGUCAUCAACAGGUGCCUCUUCUACCGGAGGAAAAGACAUAGAUGUCCUUUCAGCUGCCAUGAAAGAGCAGCUCAGUCAUUCCCGGCAGGUCCAUUCCUGCCUAGAGGGUUUACGAGAACAGCUUGAUGGCCUGGAAAACACGUGCCGUCAAAUGGCUGGGGUGGUUCAGCUUGCAAAGGCCUCGGCACAUCCGGGCCUGACGGAGCCAGCAGACGGGGCCCUGCCUAGCUCUCUGCUGGAACAAGGGAGCAUGAUCUUGGCCCUGGCUGAUAUGGAGCAGAAGCUAGAAGCCCAAGUCAACAGGAAUACAAUCUGCAGCACACUGGUCACCUGUGUGACUUUUAUGGCCACGCUGCCUGUGCUCUACAUGCUGUUCAAGACCAGUUAGCCCUGGGUCCCUCUUCAGAGGGGCCUAAGGGUGAAUGUGGCUUUUGUUGGUGAGAUAAUGAAUCUUGAGGUACACAGAACCUCAGACUGACUGAGUACCAUCUGAGGGGCUCACCAGCAGGUACAUUUUAUUUUGUAGGUAAUACUUACAUUAAUUAUCAAAACUUUGUGCAAAUGUCCAAUUAAAAUAUCUAAGAAUUUGUAUUAUUUAAAAGUUUUACAGCAGGGCAGUGGUGGUGCACGCCUUUAAUCCCAGCACUCA